AGGCUUCUUCAAUUAAGAAUCACAUCCGAAUAUUUCCAAAAAAAGAUUCCACCUUUCUUCUUCUGUUUUCUUCUUUCAUCUGGGGUUCUUGCUAACAAUGGAUCCCAUAAACUUCUCACAAUCAACUAUCCAUAAGAUUACAACAUUGUAAAUUUGGUAAUACCAAAAAACCCCAUUGAAAAAUCUUCAAAUCGAUGCAGAUACAGUUUUAAUUCAAGCUUUUCAAGAACUAAUACAGCUUCAUCAUUGAGUGAUGUGAAAGAAAAAGAUUGUGGAUUUGAGUUACAUUUUUUGUGGGUAUUUUACUUUGGCUAAGAAAGAUUUAGUAAAACUUGAAGUGGGUCGACUUUGAAAUGGUAUGAAAUCGAGUUUUGUAAUCAUUGAGUUGCAGUGUUUUUUGGGAGUCAAGAAAAAGUUGAUUUUGAAGUAUGAUUGAUCAGUUCAUCAAUUUUGUUAUUCGUCCGCCCAGGGCAGAUUACAAUCCAGAUCAAUUCUUAUGGGAGAAAGAGUUCAGUCUUGGGGGAAGAAAGUACAAAAGAGAAGACUUUGAGCUUAAGAAUGAAAGAGGUCAUACCUUGCGAUGCAGUCAUUAUACUCCAUCAUCAUUUCCUGAUGGUGCUCCUCUUCCUUGUGUUAUAUACUGCCAUGGAAACAGUGGCUGUAGGGCUGAUGCGAAUGAGGCAGCUGUAAUACUUCUUUCAUCAAACAUCUCUGUGUUAACCCUUGACUUUUCGGGUUCAGGCUUGUCAGAUGGCGAUUAUGUUAGUCUUGGUUGGCAUGAGAAAGAUGACCUCAAGGUAGUUGUGUCAUAUCUGAGAAGCAACCUGAAAGUAUCGCGCAUAGGUCUAUGGGGGCGGUCUAUGGGUGCAGUUACAAGCCUUCUAUAUGGAGCGGAAGAUCCUUCUAUUGCUGGAAUGGUCUUGGACAGUGCCUUCUCUAACUUAUUUGAUCUAAUGAUGGAGCUUGUAGAUGUCUACAAAAUCAGGCUUCCUAAAUUCACUAUAAAGGUUGCUGUGCAGUAUAUGCGACAUGUCAUUCAGAAGAAAGCAAAGUUUGAUAUCAUGAGACUUAAUUGCUUACAGGUUGCUCCUAAUACAUAUAUUCCUGCUCUCUUUGGACACGCUAAAGAUGAUAAGUUCGUUCAGCCCCAUCACUCUGAUCUCAUUUAUAAAUCAUAUGCGGGUGAUAAAAAUAUUAUCAAAUUUGAUGGUGACCACAAUUCCUCCCGACCUCAGUUUUAUUAUGAUUCAGUGUCCAUUUUCUUCUACAAUGUCCUACACCCUCCCGGGAUUUCACCAACUAAAAGUAAAAUAGAGAAAUAUUACGAUUUAGGGGACAUCAAGGUCAGUGCGGGAAUGGAUGAGAAUCUCUUGUAUGAGAUAAUUGCAACUCUUCGGAAUGUUACUUCUGAUACAGCAAGCUCUUCAUCUGUGCCACCUAGCAUGUCAACAGCAAAGUCUGCUGGCGAACUCUUUGCUGACAUUGCCCCAAUUGCUAGUCUAAAUGAUCCAUUAAUUAAUGGAGGAGAAGAACUUAAUAGUCAUGCUACUCCACAAACAGAGGACAAGCAAAGUGGCGAAAAUGAGGACUGUUACUCUUGCACAAGCUCAAAUCGAGAGAGUUGGGGAAGGUGCUCAUCUUUGGGAAGUGAUGAUGAGAUUUCCACAGAUUUUGUAGCUGCCGCCAGUGGCAAUCAGAUCACUGUAGAUGUGCUUGCAACCCCUCUUCGCGAAAGCCAACAUACUGCACUGGACUCAUCAAAGGAUGACAGAAAAAAGAAAGCUGCACAAAUCACAAAAAAAUCUAGGCGUGAGAAGUUUGAAAAGUUGGAAGCUCUUAGCCAGCGAUUACGGCUUUGCUUUCAGAAGAGAAUUAACCAUAGGAGAUACAGCUCCUCCUAACCAUCUGUUGUUAUUCACAAACUCUGUACCAUAAAUGGAGAAGUUGACAACUUUUUCUUUAGUGGCUAGUGUGUAUGCCUAGCAAUAGUGUAGGUGUAUUUAACUAAUUAUAACCCUCCUUAUAAUCUUCAAUUUGUUGAGAUUGGUUCAAGAAAAUUGAAAUUGUUUCAAGAAAACUCCAAUGCUAGUAAACCUUCCUGUUUA